AUGACCCAAAUGCAUGAUACCACCAUUCUCACGCUACCAGCAAUCACUUGCUAUUAUGGACAAGGAAAAAAUAUCAUUUCAGCAGCAACAAAAGAGAUCAACCAACUCACAUGUCGAUUCAUAGAGAAUCUCAAUGAGCGUUCGACGGCAUUAGCGAAUGGAGCCAACUUUGAUCUUGCCUUGCGCGAUGCAGCCUUCAUGCGACUUCUGAACCCAACUUCUUCUAUUGGCUACCUGAAAGCAGGCACCAUUUAUCAGCAACAAGGACGACGAAAAGAAGCAGCAGCCAUGUAUGAGGAAGGAAUUGCCAACGUGCCAUCAUCCGAUGAUGGUUACACCAACCUGCAAAAGCAGCAUGCUCAUGCAUUGAGUGCAUCAAACAAACGUAUCGAUUUUAUCAGUCAACUACCUCUGGAUCUUGUUGUAUCAACCACCUUGCCUCUGGUAUUUCACAACUACAAGUUAUCACCACAUACCCGAUGCCCGUAUCUUUAUGUUUCACGCACAUGGCAACAACGGAUCUUGCAACGUAACGACUUGAGAUUUGAUAUCCCUCGUAGCGAUGGCAUGCCCCAUCCAGAUGGCAACCAGCUGAUCAAGUUUGCCCCGCAUGUUAAGUCAUUGACCGUUGGUGAUUGGGACGAGAAGAAACCAAAGCUACGUCUUUGUGCCAUUUUCAAUGAUUUGGAUUUCAUUCACUUGACUCAUUUGUCAAUCUACUGCAACGAGGAAGACACUCUCAUCGACAUUCUUGAAUCUAUCGGCCGUACACUCACUCAUCUCGAAGUAUACAACAUUGAUGACCUACCUUUUGGUGCCGAUUUGAAUUGCGUGUGGGAUGUGUGCGCAAAUCUUGUAUCGCUGGAAGUCAUUCAUGUCGAUAUACAACCGCCAUCAGUACAAUAUCGCACGUUAAAGCACCUCAACAUGCGCAGCACUUAUAUGUGUCCAUUUACAAGCACGGUGAUCAAUGAUACGCUCGCAAAGUUUCCAUCCCUCUUGUCGGUUGUUGUAUCUCCUAUGCCAGAAGACACGCAAUUUAUUACCCGUAUCCAGCACCAUUGUCCCAAACUCAAGCUUUUUACAUGCGGUGGAGAUUCGUAUUUCCAAUGCAAGUAUCAGAAUCAGAAUGGGUUGGAAAAGCUUUCGGUUGGUGAUGGAGAUGAGCAAGAACCAUACGAUGCAGAGGGGUUGAUUCAAUUAUUGCUUCGAAACCAUCGCUCACUGAAUCAAGUCAUUUUGGGAGGCAACUUGCAACAAGGACGCGUUUCACUGGAUGAGGAAGUUGAAUUUGAACGAUUGGAAGAUAUCGAAGUGGAUGCUGUCAAUGAUGAAUUUGUUGAACUUGCGGCAUCUAUCAUACGUCGAGCACCUCACCUUCGCAGCAUCAAUAUUGGAAUUCGUACAGGUGAUGACCAAGACAUCUUUGAUUUGAUAAAGACACUUCCCCAUUUGCGACGCCUUGCUGCAGAAAAGAUUCACCCCGAUUCGCCAUCCCUUUACAAUUGUUUCCAGCACCAUGUGAAUCUUGGCAGUCAUUCACCUCUCAAGCACCUGAAAAUUGAAUUUGAUGAGAUGACCUGGGAAUCCCCUUGGGUGUGUGCGAUGGCAGAGUUACCAAACUUGGAAACCUUGGUGAUAUCAGUAUUCGAGAUGCCUGAUGAUUACGUUUCCAUUAUUGAAAUGAUUGCAAAAGGAUGCCCUUCUCUUACCUACCUCGAGCUGAAUUGCGACCCUUAUGAUAUGCCUGAUGGAACCGUUGCCUUAUUGAAAGAUCAUCCCACGCUUGAAGGUUUAUGUCUCGAUGCACCCUUCAUCUCCGAUAGUGACAUUAUGAGUGUUUUGACCAUCCCCAAGCUCAACCGGUUCAUCUUUAAUGCACCCAUCAAGGACUACAUCGUUGACCUUUUGAGAAGAAAUAUUACCAAGGUUGUGAAUGAGCGUGCAGGGGAAAGGUAUAAAGCAAAAUAG